AUCUUGACAGGGAGAAACACGACACAUUCAACGAACCACCAUGUUCACCAAGGUCCUUCUCUGCUGCAUUCUCGCCGUCGCUGCUUCAGCUCCAGUUGAGGAAUACCCCCCACAGCCAUACAGCUUCAGCUACGACACCACCGACGAGUUCGGCACCCGCCUGACCCGCGAAGAGACCGGUGACGCCAACAACUACAAGGUCGGCUCCUACAGCUACACCGACCCCAACGGCAUCACCCGUACCGUCAAGUACACCGCCGACGCCGAGGGCUUCCACGUGACCGUCGAGACCAAUGAGCCAGGAACCACGAGCUCCAACCCAGCUGAUGCCCUGUACUCCUCAGCCGCCGUCGAUGUCGCCCCGGCCCCAGCGACCCCUGUCGUCGCCAAACCCGUUGUCACCGCCGUGAAGCCCGUGGUCGUGAAGGCCGCUCAAGUUCCAAUUGCCGUGCCCGCUGCCCCCGUGUCUUUCGCCACUGCCCACCACGUGGCCCCAGUCGCCGUUGUACACCCAAUCACAUUCACCCUCGGCAAGGCCAAGGCUUAAGUCAAGCAUAUCACACAUCACGAACACAGACGACCGGAACAUAGUAGACGACCACACAUACGAGCGGCUGGUGGUGGAGACCCCUGCAGCCCAACGUCUACGCUACCUGAAAAAAAUACUGCACACUGUUAUUAUUGUACAGUCAAGUUUUAUCGAAUGUUCUCGUUGAGGAAGUCUCUAAAAUAAAUCUAAAUUCAUUUGAAA